AUGUCGCUCAACCACCUGCCGGUGGAGAAUGUUCUCCUCAUCAUCAAGUAUCUCGAGGGAAAAAGCAGGGCAUUGGCAAGCUUAGCAGCAUCCAGCAAGCGGCUUCUAAGCAUCGCCAUUCCUGUCCUGUACUCAGAUAUCAAGCUGAUUCCUAGGAUCCCCAAUAUCAAUCGACCGGUUGAGCACUUGGGAAGCUUCAAAGUCUGA